GUGGCCAAAAAACCCAUGGUCCCAAUGAAAAAGUCACAUCGAGGAAAUAAAGACAAAAAACAACCAAAAAAAAAAAAAAGCAAAAGAGAGAGAGAGAGAACCCUAAAAUUCAGAUCUGUAACCGACGCUAAGCUCGUGCUCGUAGUGGUUGUUGUACUUAUAGUCGGCUGAAAGUGGGGAAUAUGUCUUCGAAGCUUAAUUCACUAACACACCUUAUUUUUCAUUUCAGAUUUCGUGAAAGAUAGUUGUUGGUGUUUUAGAAUUUGAGUCUCAGAGAUUUCUGUCAGAAAGUUGUGGAAGGGAGAAAGAUGGGUGGUAAUUUUUGGGUGAAUGAAGAAGACAGGGUCAUGGUGGAAUCAGUAUUGGGUACUGAAGCAUGCCAAUUCUUGAUCUCAUUGGCUUCUAAUAAUGCGAUGUCGGAUUUGGUUACCCCUGCUGGUGAUUUGGGUGUGCAGCAGGGGCUUGGCCAACUGGUGGAAGGAUCCAAUUGGAAUUAUGCUAUCUUUUGGCAGAUUGUGAGCUCGAAAUCUGGUGGGUCUGCCUUGAUUUGGGGUGAUGGACAUUGCAAGGAUCCAAAGAGUGUUGGAACUGCUGCUGGUAAGAUAUCUGGUGUGGAUGGUAGUUUGGAAGGUGUGGAGAAGAAAAAGGAGGUGAAGAAGAGGGUCCUUGAGAAACUUCAUGCAUGCUUUGGUGGUUCUGAUGAGGACAAUUAUGCUAGAAGAUUGCAUGCGGUGUCAGAUGUAGAGAUGUUUUACCUCACUUGCAUGUAUUAUAUGUUUCAAGUUGACACACCAUGUGGUCCUGGCGAGGCAUACAAGUCCGGUAAAUCAAUUUGGUGUUCAGAUAUGUCUGGUUGUUUACACCAUUAUCAAUCAAGAUCUUUUUUAGCAAGAGUGGCUGGAUUCCAGACUGUAGUGCUGGUGCCUGUAAAAGGUGGAGUUGUUGAGCUAGGUUCAAUGAAAUCGACACCAGAAGAUCAAAAGGUUGUGGAUAUGGUCAGGAGUACAUUUGGAGGUGCUGGUUCUUCUGUAAAUGCCAAGGCAUUUCCGAUGAUCUUUGGGCGUGAACUAAGCCUGGGUGGUACAAAAUCACAAUCUGUCAACAUUAACUUUUCUCCAAAGGUGGAAGAUGAUUCGUUGGCUUCAGAACCUUUUGAAUUACAAGCAAUAGGUACUUCUAAUGGAUGUCGAAGUAAUGCAAAUGAAGCAAAAUUGUUUCCACAACUGAACCAAAUGAUGGUUGGAGGUUUCAAUGCUCAGGCAAAAGUUUCAAGUUUUGAGCUCGCUAGGGAUGACUCAUUGCCUCAGCUUGAUGAGCGGAAACCACGAAAGAGAGGAAGAAAGCCAGCAAAUGGGAGAGAAGAACCACUAAAUCAUGUGGAAGCAGAACGACAGAGGCGUGAAAAGCUUAACCAGAGGUUCUAUGCGCUAAGAGCUGUUGUUCCAAACAUCUCAAAGAUGGACAAAGCCUCUCUGCUUGGCGAUGCCAUUACUUAUAUUACUGAUCUGCAGACAAAGAUCAGGGUCAUGGAAACUGAAAAGCAAAUAGGAAACAAUAAGCAGAAGCCAUUGUCGGUGCAAGACAUUGAUUUUCAGUCGAGACAUGAAGAUGCAGUCGUGAGGACAAGCUGCCCAUUGGAUUCUCAUCCAGUUUCUAAAGUCAUCAAAACAUUUAUGGAGCAUCAAAUUGUAGCUCAAGAUUCCAAUGUUUCCAUGACGGAAGAUGACAAAGUUGUUCAUACCUUCUCCAUUCAGACUCACGGUGCCGAUGCCCAACAGUUGAAAGAGAAGCUGGCGGCUGCUCUUUCAAAAUAAUCCAGUUGUAAAAAUGUAUUUAUAUGUUUUUCAAUGCAGCUUGUUGUAGAAUAAUUGAUUGUGUUCUUGUUUACUAACACAAAUGAAUGUCUUUAUGUCAGAUAUUAACGCCUUGUAAUCUAACUUCCAAUCACUGAAUGAAUCCGUUUACUAAUAUCGACAUAGA